CUGAGACGGGAGUUGGGAGGGGGUAGGCGCAGCCGCGCGAACAACGCGGCGGCUGAUUGGCACCGAGCCCUCCAAUCGCCGGCCGCCUUUCAGCCGGCGGCGAAGCGAAGGGGGCUGCGCGUUUCCGGAAGACGUGGCUGUGGCAGCCGCCGCUUCUCUGCCCCGCGCCCGCCGCUGUCGGCCCCGCCGCCGCCACCAUGAUCUCCCUCUCCGACACCCAGAAGAUUGGAAUGGGACUUACAGGCUUUGGAGUGUUUUUCCUUUUCUUUGGAAUGAUACUGUUCUUUGACAAAGCUCUUUUGGCUAUUGGAAAUGUUUUAUUUGUGGCUGGAUUGUCUUUUGUUAUUGGUUUAGAAAGAACAUUUAGAUUCUUCUUUCAAAAACACAAAAUGAAAGCGACAGGAUUUUUCCUGGGUGGUGUGCUCAUAGUUCUCAUUGGUUGGCCUUUAAUAGGAAUGAUCCUUGAGAUUUAUGGGUUCUUCCUAUUAUUCAGGGGGUUCUUUCCUGUGGUGGUUGGCUAUAUUAGAAGAGUUCCAGUUCUUGGAUAUGUUUUGAAUUUACCUGGUAUAAGUUCGCCUACGUAGGCUCAGAAGAGAAUCCACAGUAAUGCUUGUAGAUAAAGUUGGAGAAAGCAACAACAUGGUAUAAUGACAAGAGAGCAGAAGACUGAUUCUAAACUUAUUGUAUUAUUUAUAAAAUCCUUUUGAAGAAUACUCAGCACAAAGAUUAAAUUGUGUACAAAGGAAAAGCUUGUUACAUUCUUUACAUAACAGUUUAAUUUAAAAAUGUGUAGUCAACUACAUACAUUAGAAAAGAAGCUCAGCAAGUAUGCUUCUAGGGAAGUAACUCCAGAGUUCAGCUGAAGAGGUGAAAGUCAUGGAAUAACCCUUGUUACAACUGUUAAAGACUAUUUUUUGUUGUUUUUGGAAAACAUGCUAGAGGCAGUGAACCAUUGUGGAAUUAACGGUGCGUGUACCUUACCUCCUUGCUUUGAAAGUGCAGUACAGCAAACAGGCGUACAUUUUUAAGGGUGACCCAAACUUAUCCAACCCUCUGCUUGCUAUCCUCAGAGUGAAGGGGGGCAGGAAGGCAGAAAACUUCUUGUGUAACAAGAGAUGCGUCUUUGCAUGAAGGUUAAGAUGACUAUUCAUCUUUAAGUGUAUUAUGACAAAAAAACCCUACACAGUUUGGUUGUAAACAUUUUUGUAAAUAUAUGGCUGAAAUAAAACAUUGUUAUCUUAAUGUUUCAAAGCCAAAUGUAAGUUGAUUGUAUUUGCCUUCCUUUUAGGAAUAUGCAAAAGGUCAAUCUUUAAUAACUUCAGUCUUAAACUUUGGUUCUGAACAUGUAGAGCUCAACAGGGAACUCUGGAAAUUGACUCGCACUCCUUCCAGUUUGUUCUCCUUGAGUUACAUUACAUGUGCAUCCAGAUGUGAAUGUAGCUCCUUGUCACUAACAUGAAAACUUUGCGAAAUAUACUUAGUUCAGAAAAAUUACAUUUGGUUAAGGUGCUGAUAUAAAGCCCAUAAAAUGUAUCUUACCCAAAUUUGAACCUGUGUUUUUAAAUAGUUUGAAGCUAAGGUUUCUUUGUUUACUCUUGAACUACGAAUUGACUUUUAUUUUUUACAGUAAUAAAAUGAAAACUUAAAAUUACGUGUAUGUGAGUCUCUGGGGAGAAAAUGGAGCUAAUGGGGCUAACUAAAGAUCAAGUGCCAAUCUCCAUAUGUUUUGUAACUUGUUGCUUCGGUUAUUUUCAAAUAACUUAAAACUUCUAUAAGUCACAGCAACAACUUUGCUGUUACAGAGGUUCUUAGCUAACCUGAAAUAAAUAUCCCCUACUAAUGCAUGGGUCACAUUUCUGCUUCUAUUGGAAUGUUAAACAUUGUGCACUUUCAAUAGAUUUAGUUACAUAGUGUCCUCACCUAAGAAAAUGUGAUAAUUAAGUAAAUUGCAUUUGUGCAGGUUUUGGGGGUUCCUGUUGCAUUUAACUUCCUUUUCCCUUAAAUGUAAUCCUAAAAAAAAUUACCAAAAUGCAAUUGUAGUAUAUCAAGUAGCUAUGUAGUGUUAAAGGUUUAACAACAGUUUGUUUUUUCUUUAUUAUGCAGUUAAAAUUGGUAUUUUCCAAAAUACCUGUAAAGAAGAAUCCCCAUAUACUGAUCCUUUUGGAAGUUGCUACAAAGUUUAUUUGUAAGAGAUGUUAUAUUUUCAUUAGAACUGUAUAAAUAGCCACAAUCUACUAUUCCCAAUGUUUAAUUUGCUUCCUUGUCAAACAGGCACAAAAUGAUUCAGUGAAAAAAAAAAUGUCAUUAUAUUUACAAUGAAUAUCAUUUGAUAAAUCAGUGGUUUUAUUUUAUAAAUGACAAAAAAUGGCUAUAUUUGCCUGAUGGCAUGUGUGUUACAGUUUACAGACAGGGCUAAAUAUGACUUGUGGCUUCUACCUCAAGAGAUACACCAAUUUUAACUGCUCCCAUAGAUCUGUUGUGUGUUAAAGUGACUAGAGAAUAACACUACAGCAGUUUAGAAACUCAACUUGUGUUGGUAGAGCACUAGCCUGCACUGUGGGAAUCAAGUACUGUUUAAAGCAGUGUUCAUCAUUUACAUUAGAAGUCAGCUACAUUAAGAUUUUUGGGAAAAGUGGAUUUCACCACAUGAAUACGGAGCUCUGACAGUAAGCAAAUUGCUUGGUAAGCUGAGGUACCUUUGUCAACAAGAAAGCUGAUGAUACCUUUCAGAGGUGAUUAAUGUGUUGCUGUAUAUGAUCUUUUAACCCUCUGAAAUGUCAGGAACUAGGCAGUUCAUCUCACUUCUAUUUAAUUCAUUGUUUUAAAUCAAAAGUCAGUUUCUGUCUGAUGUGAACGGUUGUGAAAAGCGUCUGAGGGAACAAAAUUGUAUGUUGAAAGUAGUAUAGUCUUUAUCCCUCGAGGUAAUGUUGUCUUUGAGACAGUUUUGCCAAGAUAAAUGGGGGUGGCAGCAAAGGUCAAAAAGACUUAGCCUUAAAGUGUUUCUGUUGUUGUAAAAUAUCUCUAACAGAAACAUGCUUGGAGCGUUUCCCCUUUUAAAUGUAAUUUAUUAUUGCUGCUUUAAAAAUCGUAAGGAUGGAUCUUACUCUGAGCAAAUGAAUACUGUAAAUAUCCUUGUCAUACCUUGAAUAAAUGGGUACCUUUUUCUAUAA